AUGACCCUACCCACCCCACGACACUUCCUCACCAACCUCAUAAACCGCCUCUCCACCAUCCCCCUGGAACCACCUCAACCCCCAUCAAUCAACCGAACGCCCAACAGCAACGCCCUCUCCCGCAUCCCCGUCUCCCACCGCCACCUAAUCAUAACCCUUCACGUCCUCUUCCCCAACCUCGUCCUCCCCUCCCUCGACCUCCUCGACCGCGGCCUGGUUCAGAAACUCGCCCUCUCUGGCAAGAUCAAAUCCGAAGAGCCAGAAGAUGAUCAAGCAGAAGAUGUGAGAGGCGCGAUAUACGUGGUGUAUUCCACCACCGCCGUCCCGUCCCGCAGACGCAAAUCAGUCAAGCCCGACCCCGACGAUGACAGGGUGGGAAAUCGAGAAAACAGCCAAAAAUAUGUGGUGCAUUUACAGGCAUGGAACUGCACCUGCGCGGCGUUUGCUUUCUCCAUCGUUCAAUCACUCCUGGACGAACAGCCUCCCCAAAUACCACCAGAGUUACACUUGGCAGAAAUCACAACAGACGACGACAAGAAAGAAUGGGAGUUUGGUGGCAUGUCAACUGAUGGGAAGGCCCCAAACGGGGGACAAAUCCCCACAUGUAAACACCUCCUCGCCUGCCUCCUGGCCGAGAGAUGGGGCAAUGCGCUAGGGGGGUACGUAACCUCCAAACAGGUGGGAAAGGGGGAGAUGGCUGGGAUUGUUGCUGAUGUUUAA